AUUAGGAAAUAAAUAAAUAUCACUACGUCCAAACAAUAGGAAAUAAACUGAAAAACUCAACUGAUUACUGAAGUUUGCUCACUCUCAUACGCUCCGCAGACAUUUCCGCUGGUUCAACUGCCCUGCUUGUAAUUUAUUUGAUCAUUGGGUUUUGGUAGUGGAAGGGCGACAAGGCAGCAAUCAUGGAUGUUGAUUCGCAGCCAACUAUGGAGGAGACUAUUUUGGUUGGUGACGAUCUGAUGAUGGGGCCACCAUCACCUCUCAUUCCACCAGAAAUUGCCUCUCAUGUGCUUGAAGGAGUUGAUUUAUGUGAUGGGAUUCUGAGGAAUCUAUUUUUGUGCUUGCAAAUCAAUGACAUUGAGCCUUUCUGUCAAGAUGAGAUUGCUUUGUAUCGACAAUGCACUGAAAAAAGGGAUAAGGAACUAAGACAACGACUUCAAGAUAGUGAGAGAAAAUUGGGUUUAUCAAUGCCUUUAGAUGAAGCAAAAGAGAGAGCUGCUCAACUUGAAUCAGAAGUUACAUCACUGGAGAGGCGUUUGAUUCUUGCUACUGGAGUCGAAGGCAUGGAAGGAUUUCGCCAGAGAUGGAGCUUGCAUGGUCGCUUCACAGAUACCAAGAGAAGGUUGGAGUCCUUAAAACAGGGAAUGGAGAAUAGAAAAAAGGAUGAGCCUGUUGGAGGUUCGACUGCCAAAAGAUGGUCUUUUUGGUGAAGUGUUCAAGAGGCUUAUCUUCGGCAUGAUUAUUGAUGGACAUGCUCAGCAGCAUGGAACAGAAACAUACACCAAGCUCUUGGUAAGCUGAGUGGUUAGAGUCGGAGUUUAUUAUGUCAUAAUUAGCCAUCAUUUUCAAAGCCUUUGAACGACCCCCAUUUAGAACAUUUGAGUCGGACGUGUUUUGGUGCUAAAUAGCGCAUGAAAUAUGAAUAAAGUUCCGUUUUAUUACUGAGUCUAUGAAAAGGGUUAGUAAGAUGGAUAUGUGAAUAGACAGUGUAUAUCUUUUUGAAGAAAAUGGAGAUUUUCCGUUGUUUCAGUUGUU